UUUAUUUUGUUGACUGACGCGUUCGUAUCGUUUAUUAUUUUCUAUAUAUAUAAGCAUCUAUAUAUACAUAUAUAGAAAUAUCUUUCUCUCUCUCUGACUUUCGCCGUUUGUUUGUGUGUCAGCGUGUGGGAGGCAGUUUUAAAUUUCAGUGUCAUUUCUUCUUAAUAACAAAAUAUAAACACCGCAUCCAAAAUGAAAGUUAAUCUUAGUGUCGAUCAGGGACCCUGUAAUACAGAGUUACGCAGUUGGUGUCUAGGAAUUUCUAUAUUUUAUUUAGUUUCCGUUGUACUCAGCAUCUUUAUUUCCCAUUCGGCACUCACCUUUAUUGGAUUCGCUUUAACCGUGAUUGCCAAUGUCUGCCUGUUGGUUGCUUGCAGAAAGCCCGAUUACAAGUGGGUUAUCCCUUGGUUGAUAUACGCAGUAAUUGUGGCCAUUGGUUUUCCCAUUGCCAUAUUUGGAGCGAUCUUUCAUUUUGGAGGAUUUCGCGAGAGCACAGGAUCAACGAAUGUUUUGGUUGCUGUUUUAAUUUAUAUUAUUGAAUUCUUCAUCUUUGCCUUUUUCGCUCGACUGGUCUACUCUUAUUAUCUGCAACUCAAGGGCAGUGACUCUAGUCCCCGUAGUGCCGCAGUUGUUUAAGAAUCUGUUUCUCUCGAAUUAUAAAAUUUGUAAAGGGGAAUCCCCAGUAUCUUGUUUUUUUUUUUU